CAUGUUGUUGGAUAACAUUUCCCGUCAGUUUGUACAGUGCCGAGACUUGAGAGAAAGUUAUCAUUUUGGUGAAUAUUUCCAGCUAUUUCUUCCCCAAUUGUUCAUGAUUAGUGGCAGUCGAAAUGACUGAGGAUUUUCCUCGGAGGGGAAUUACUUUUCAAUGUGGCUUAGCCCGGGAAAGUUAUGGAUUUGAAGGCAAAGAAUUGACAGCCUUGAAAGAACUUGCAUGCUCUUUUCUCGAUCAAAAGUUUCCAGAUCAUGGAUAUGUUGGUGUCCUUGAUAAGCUUCUCCUGUAUCGACAUAACUAUUCAUCAAGUAAUAUUCUUGAAAGAAUAACCAAUGUGGAACAGAUGGUGGAUGGUAGUGUCAUUGAGAUCGUAUUGUCAGCAAAAGUACCUGAAGAUGAGACUAUUGCCAGAUCUCACCAGUUCACAGUCCAUUCCUAUAAAGCCCCAUCAUUUUGUGAUUUUUGUGGGCAAAUGCUAUAUGGGCUUGUUAGACAGGGUCUCAAAUGUGAAGGUUGUGGUGGGAACUACCAUAAACGCUGUGCUUACAGAAUACGAAAUAACUGCUCAGAUUCCAGGCAUAGAAAUUCAACUCAGUAUGGCGCGUUACAAGUAUCUCCAGCAAUGGAUUUGCAUACGCCUAAUUUACUGCAAGGUAUGAAUUCCUGGAAUGAGGGACAAAUUCCUGGCCGACGAGCAACAUGGAGUGGAGAUUCCUUGAUUUGGGAUAAACCAGGAAGGAUCCAAGUACCACAUACUUUUGCUGUGCAUUCCUACAAAAAACCWACCAUGUGCCAAAUUUGUAAAAAAUUGUUAAGAGGUCUCUUCAGACAAGGUUUCCAGUGUAAAGAUUGCAAAUUCAACUGUCAUAGGAAAUGCGCAGAGAAAGCACCUAAGAACUGUUUGGGAGAUAUUCUGAUGUUUGAAACAGGCUCAUCAUCUUCCUCAUAUGAUUCUGGAACAAUAUCAGAAACCUUGUCUGAAAUGGAUCUCACRGAUGAUGUUCGGGAAGACCUGGUGAAUGAGGAAAGAGAAGCUGCAGAUGAUGAAGCUCGCAAUACCUACACCUUAGAAGAAUGUACUGAACCUUCAAGCCCUACGUCAACAGAUGGAGACGUCAACCCAACGAGCAGUACUUAUAUUCCAUUACAAAGGAUUGUGGUAUCAGUCAAACAUACRAAGAGGAAAGCAUCAAAGGUCCUGAAACAAGGAUGGAUGGUCCAUUUCACUAAUAAAGACAUGCAGAGGAGACGGCACUACUGGCGUUUGGAUACAAAGUCUUUAACAUUAUUUUUAGGUCCUGAAAGUAAUAAAUACUACAAGGAAAUUCCACUCUCAGAAAUUCUCUCAGUUGAAUCAAACAUUGACCCUCUAGCAACAGAAGCAACUCGAGCUCCUCACUGUUUUGAGAUGAAAACUAGGAAUAUGAUUUAUUAUGUGGGAUUGGAGGAAGAUGAACACAUUGCGCCUGACCCUGAUAGUGGUGUAGGAACGGGCCUGGGGCAAACCUGGGCGGAUACUAUACGUUCAGCCCUGAUGCCAGGCUGUGUGACACCUACGACGAGUCUCUCAGCUAUGAAAUCUAUGCCACCUGAAAGCUCUAUGGACACAGAAAUGGAAACACCAAGUGAAGAGCCGGCCAAAGCAAUUAAAGAAACACCACUUGACAUUACUCAACUGUAUCAAGUCUUUCCAGAUGAGAUUUUAGGGUCUGGACAGUUUGGGAUCGUUUAUGGAGGCGUGCAUCGUGAAAGUGGACGCGAAGUAGCUGUAAAGGUUAUAGAUAAACUACGUUUCCCUACCAAACAAGAAGCGCAGUUAAAGAAUGAAGUUGCUAUACUCAAGCAACUAAACCAUCCUGGAAUGGUGACCUUGGAACAGAUGUUUGAAACUCCUGAACGGGUAUUCGUUGUCAUGGAGAAGCUCCGAGGGGACAUGUUGGAAAUGAUUCUCUCUAGUCCUAAUGGCAAGCUGGAUGAAAGAUGUACUAGGUUCUUAAUCACUCAGAUCCUUAUCGCCCUGAAGUAUCUUCAUUCAAAGAAUAUUGUUCACUGUGAUCUCAAACCCGAGAAUGUGUUACUUUCACCUGUCAUAUCUGAGUGUGGAUACCCUGCUGUCAAACUGUGUGACUUUGGUUUUGCCCGUAUUAUCGAAGAGAAGUCUUUCCGUCGAUCUGUAGUAGGCACCCCUGCCUACUUAGCACCCGAAGUCUUACUCAACCAACCUUACAAUAGAUCGCUGGACAUGUGGUCGGUGGGCGUGGUCGUUUAUGUCAGCUUAAGUGGAACAUUCCCAUUCAACGAAGAGGAAGAUAUUCAGGAUCAGAUUCAUAACGCUGCUUUCAUGUACCCCCCAGACCCAUGGCAGGAAAUAUCACGUGAUGCGAUCAACUUGAUCAGUAAUUUACUGCAAGUAAAACAGCGCAGCAGAUACACMUGUGAUAAAUGUCUUAUUCAUCCUUGGCUACAGAACUAUCAAACAUGGCUUGAUCUUCGUAGCCUGGAGCGAGUCAUUGGUUUCCGUUACUUAACACAUGAGAGCGACGAUGCUCACUGGCAUUCACACGGAGAACAGUUACGAUCAGCCUCAAGACAUCACCAGUAUCGAGACCCUCAAGAUGGCACCGGCAAUGGCAGGCAAAGUAACAAUCGAUUCUUCCCGCCCACACAAGCAAGCGAACGUAAAUUACAACCUAGUAUAAGCUAUUUGUAGAAUAACGAUGAAUUAAGGAUAUAAUGCAACACAGAAAUAAUUUCUCGUCAAACACUAUGAACCACACUGUUACAUAGAUUAGAGGUUUUGCACCAUCACGUGACGGCAGCCAUGUGAGAUGGCAGGAAUAAUACGUUUUACAUGAAAAAGAAUUCAAUUCUCAAGAGCAAAGAGCAUUUUAUUGUUCUGCCAUCUAACCACAGGGAGUCCACGCUGUAUUAUAGUCGUGGGCACGUGAUGAUGCAGAACCUCCAUAGAUGUGUCCAUAUUAUUUUGAAAACCAUCAGAGCUACCGCAACUAAAAAAUUCCAAAUGAAUACCACGCAUUUAUCAGUAUUUUCCAUUGUCCUUGAUAUUCAAAAUAACCUGGACCAUCUCUCUAUGCAACGACCUUUCAUAUCGAAUACSUUUACAACUUCAACUUUCAUUUUUUAAAUUUCAGUUUUUUAAAAUAUUUCAUUUGAGUUUUGAGAGUCAUCCACCUUAAAACGUAUUGGUACUGGGGCUGAUUGAUUUGUGUUGACGGGUUUGACGGCAACGAUGUUGUACAGCAACAAAGCAAUGUUUUUGGAGAUUUUAUCUCCCAAAGGAGAAAAUCCCUGAUUGUUAUGUCACAUAGCAUGGCUACCGUGAAAAUUGCUAUACCGGUGCUUGCUUUCGAUAGUAUUAGUGUACGUGCUGUUAUAGACCCUUUCGCAGUUCCGUGCGACAUCUUGAAAGGUAGCCGUGCCUUUGAUUGAAGCGAGACAAAAGGUGAGCGUGUAAUGAUGGAGACCUUUUUUAACACCUCACCGUUCGUCGCGCUUCGAUGCAAAGGCACGACUGCCUUUCAAGAUGGCGCAGGGAACUGUGAAGGGGACUAUUUGAACACAAACCUUGAUAAAUUUGCUUUUGCAUUCUGAUUCUAACUUUCCAUCCUCAGCUGUUAUUUCAUAGAUAUAUUAUUGUAAUCUGGUUUGAUCUCGUACUGAAGUUACACUACGACAUUGGGCAUUCUUUUUCUCGUAGUGCGAUUCCGUGCUUCUCAAUCGCACUAAAGCGUGCUUUCAACCCUUAAAACCACGGUAACAAUUUGUUAAAGUUUUUAUGAGUUAUCUACCUCUGAAGCUUGUAAGAACAAUAUUGAAGGGUCUACGGAGCAAGGUGACCUACGAACCUCCAUCUUGUGUUCAAGUCUUUAUGUUCAUAACUUUAAAUUCCUUAUAACUAAGCUAUUUAUUUUUAUGCUUAAGAUAUUUAUGUACACGGCAUAUUCAUUCAUUACGGCAUCUUCCUUUUUAAMUUUAUCCAAACAUUUAGAUUAUCUAACCAAGGAACUCACAAAUUGAUUUUAACCCUCAAUCGACCGGAUGAUGAAUUUUAGAGUCCUUCCCUUCCUUUUGUUUUCUUAUUCUCAAGACAUUAAAAUUCUCAGGAAUCGAGAGUAUUUUAGGUCACUGUAAGAUACAAAGCAUCAAAAUACGAAGCAAUUUGAAUGUAUUAUUUAAAAAGGCUUGCACAAAAACAUGACACGUAAAAUUCAGCCUCAACKUUUUUUACUUCGGAUCCUUUAAUUCUCAUCUCACUAUAAUACAAAUAGCUCAAAAUGAAACACUACUCCUGAAACUCGAAUUAUUGAUAUUUUCCGACUGCAUAUCGAAGAUUCGCCGACAACCAGUCGACGAUUACACGAACUCAGUCGCAAUUGCCUCGCAUUUAUAGCGUCUUCUGCGUAUACUAGUAAUCAUCGAUAUCCAGACAUUUUUUAGACGAGCAGCUUGGGUAUCACAGAAACUUCUAAGAUAGUUUUCGAAACUAAGAAUAUGUCAAUCGCUUUCCACUUUGUUCAGCAAGUGAGGUAAAACUUCACUAAAAUAGGUAUUUUUAAACGUAAUUGAUAAAUGUAUUAGUUAGAGCGAUUCCACGUAUCAUGUGGRAAAAAAUCUAAUAGUCAAUGCCUAAUCGUCGCAUGGAAAAAUCGUCAUGGCUUACUAUUUCUAAUGACAGCUAGAAGUACAGAAUGGGUAUAUGGAAUCCUUCUAAUGUUUUAUCGGAUAAAUUGUUUUGGUGUACUGUAAAUAACUUAGUAAUAGAUUUUGAAAACGAUGUUUCCUGUCUCACUCCAGACGGGAACAGAUAAAGGAAUGUCAAGAAUGGAUUAAAUGUAAUGUCUACCA